AACACGCGUACAGUGUGAUCUGAUGACGGUUAUUUUUAGAUACAUACACGGCCGUCGAUUACCGUAUGACGGCCGUGUUUAUACGGUUGCUAACGGUAUACGGGAUGUCCGUAUACCGUCCGUCUCUGGGUAAGUUAUUUCGCCAGACGGAACGGGCACGGUACCCGUAUGACGGCACCCGUAUAACCGUACUAUACGGUGACGGUGCGAAGCCCUACAAAGGGCUGGUAGCAGAGCGAUGGUACGAUUACAGUGGUGGUCGAAAUUCGGGGCCGGGCGGUGACAGGUCCUAUUCCUUUCCAUUACACCGCGGUAGACAGAGACUGAUCAUAGUUUGGAGACUGGUGGCGGUAAACGUGGGCUUCAUAGCCUAUACCACAAGUUCGGCAUGGCGUAAGGGACUGUGCCGUGGAUCCCAUCCGAUUGCCGUGGAUCUUAUCAGAUUGUCGAAUCACAAACUCGUCAAAUUUGGUAUGAUAACGGCCCCGGUAGGUCCUACGCAGAAGAUUUUAGCAGGUAUCCUGAGAGCUGAAGCGGUUAAUGAGACGUCUAGAUGGCAGAGGACACCUUCAUCACCGAGCCAUCGUCUUCACAGGCAAUAAUAGCGGCGAUAAUCUUCCACGAAACGAGCUGUACAAUUUCUUCUGGUGUCUGUACAACAGGAUAAUCCACGCGAAACUCCACUGAAAGAAUUCGUGUAGGUCGGGAUACGACUUUGAAUACCAAAAUGUAUACGCACAUCUUGUAUAUAAGGAGGAACGACAUACAGUAACCUCAGCUACAGGUUUAAGACGUUAAGCCAACAUCUAAGCCUGAUACUUCAUUUCAAUCAGUAAGAUCGAGCUCCCAUCAUUGAUUACAGUACCUCAUC